GAGGGCAGAGCCACAGUCAGAGCUGGUCUGAGCUGUGUACACUAUAGUUGUUGGCCUAUAACUGAGAAAUAACUGCUUUAAAUCAGCUAGAAGACGCUUAAAACCCCUCAAUAGCUCACUUUAGUUCACUGAUCAGAGCUGUUAAAAGCUGAUUUGACUUUCAGAGAGGUAAAGAAGAGAGAUUAGAGAGACAGAGGAGGGCGUGACAGGGAGACAGCCGAGCAGGCAAGCUGCUGCUGCAAGGGGAGGAAGAGCAGGCUAUGCAUCAGCCAAAGCCAGAGGUUAAGAAAAAAAGUGAAAGAAUAGUGAAAAGGUAGACUCAGAGAGAGAGGGGUCAUUUGUGAUCUGAGCCAGAAAAACAGAAGCCAGCCUCUCUUUGUUGUUGUGUGGGUCACUGAGCAGGGAGGAGGAUGUGAAGGAGAGCAGCGUGGAGGAAGGGAGGCGACUGCAAGAAAGACAAGAAAAAUGCUCUCAGAGAUGAUGUGCAGGAGGAGCUGCCAGCAGCAGCAGCAGCAGCAGCUACAGCAGCAGCAGCAGCAGCAGCAGCAGGAUGGAAAGGGGGCUCCGCAGAGGGACCCUUCCAGCCGCAGGAAGCACGGCUGGUCCAAGAGCUGCAGGGGGCGCAUGCAGGGGCGAAGGACAGGAGGGGGAGGGUGGCCAAGAGGGCGAAAUCACCACCCUCAACGUCAUCAUCCUCAUUACCAUCAUCCCCUACACCUCCAGAGGCCGGUGAUGUCCCUCCGGCCCGUUAACGUCAAAGGAAACAGAGCAAGGGGGAUGCGUGCCCCCAAGAACACCAACCAGUUUUUAAUGCAUGAGAAGUAUCAGAUGCUGCACAUGCGCUCCGACUCAGUGGGGAGCGACAGUGGCAGCAGCUCCGACAGCGACAUGGAGCUCACAGACAUGGACUCAUACCUGGGCGUCCUGGAGAAUGCCAGAGGAGCCCUCUUGGACAGUCCCAACCCACACAGCUCAACGACACCACCAGGGCAGAUCCUGGUACUGCACGAGGACAGUCUGCGUCUGCAGGGGGACAGUCUGCGUCUGCAGGAGGACAGCAUGCAGUAUUUCCCCUCUGAAGACGACCUGAUUCAGAGUCAGAAUUUCAUGCAGAGGGACUUUGUUGAGUUCUGUGACAUCCUGACGUCCUGAAGGGAAACUUUCAGGGAGCCAUUUUGUCCUCAGCAGUGUGAAACUCAAACCUUCAGACUGAACUGAGCCAGGUUUGUUCUGCUUCAUGUUCACAGCUAAAUUUAAAAAAACUCCAUCUUGUCAAGUCAUUUAGCCUUAAAGUGUCAAGAAUAUGCUCGCAGGGUGAGAUGAUGUCACCGGUUUCCAGCAGUUAUCAACUUUUUAAAAAUAAUUUUUAAAAUCAAGUGUCAUUUUCUUAAUACUCAAUCUGCAUUGAUCUGCCUUACUUUGUCUUUUUUCAAGAUACUAACAUUAAUGUUUAGCGAACAAUAAGAACUGUACUGAGAAUAAGUGAAAUUAUUUCACCCUGUUGGUAUUUUUAAGAAAAAAAAACUUUCACUGAAUGCAAGAUUAAAUGACAUUAUUAAGACGGAUGUUUUUUUUACAGUUAAUGUCUGGUCAUGUACAGUGUGUCCGGGUGCUGUAAAGUGCUGCCUUUCUGUUGUUGUUGUUGCACACAAAGGGAAAUGGGCAGGGUGGUGGGAGUGAGCCCAAACAGCCAAUCGUCAUCGAGCUGCCAAAAUUAGGCUGCAGAUGAUUGGCUGAUGCAGACUGUCAUUAACAAAAAAAACCUUUACUGUACAGAAUAAAAAACAACACAAAUAAAUAUCUGAUUGGUGUAAA